UCCGUGCGGCCGGCCGCCUCCCAUUGCGGGCAACUCCGGCGGUGGCAGCGGCGGCGGCGGCGGCGGCGGCGGCACCGCCUCCUCCUCACACUCCGCGGGUGGCGGGGUUAGAUGAGCGGCCCCGACAGCGGUGAGGGCGGCGCGGGGAGGAGGAGGAGAAGGCGGCGGCGGCGGAGGAGGUCGCUGUCUUUGUAGUGUCCCUGCUGCGGGCGCCCGAGGCCGCCGCUCCAGCCGUCGUCGUUGGCGGAGCCUGUGAGGGCGCGCGCGUGCUUGCCCGCCCGGCCCGCGGGGACGAGGAGGAGGCGGCGGCGACGGCUGCGGCGGCUGCGGCGGCUGCGGCGAGGAUGAUGAUGUGCGCGGCGACUGCUUCCCCCGCCGCCGCCUCCUCCGGGCCCGGCGGGGACGGCUUCUUUGCAGCCGCCACCAUCUCUUCCUCCCCGGCACCGGGGGCGCUGUUCAUGCCGGUUCCUGACGGCUCGGUGGCCGCCGCGGGGCUGGGGCUGGGGCUGCCUACCACGGACUCCCGGGGUCACUAUCAGCUGCUGCUGUCAGGCCGGGCCUUGGCGGAUCGCUACCGGAGGAUUUACACCACUGCGCUCAGUGACAGGGACCAGGCCGGCAGCAGCACUGGACACCCGGCCUCCAGGAAUAAGAAAAUUUUAAAUAAGAAGAAAUUGAAGCGAAAACAGAAAAGCAAAUCAAAAGUAAAGACAAGAAGCAAGUCUGAAAGUGUGGAGAAUACAGUAAUUAUACCAGACAUCAAACUACAUAGCAAUCCCUCUGCCUUCAACAUUUACUGUAAUGUACGGCACUGCGUUUUGGAAUGGCAGAAAAAGGAAGCAUCCCUGGCAGCUGCCUCGAAGAACUCUGUACAGAGUGGAGAGUCAGACAGUGAUGAGGACGAGGAGGCCAGAGAGCCCCCCAUCAAGCUGCCCAAGAUUAUUGAGGUUGGGCUUUGUGAAGUCUUUGAAUUGAUCAAGGAGACUCGGUUUUCUCAUCCAUCCCUGUGUCUAAGGAGCCUCCAAGCCCUGCUGAAUGUGCUUCAAGGCCAGCAGCCAGAAGGCCUCCAAUCAGAGCCACCAGAAGUCCUAGAGUCUCUCUUCCAACUCCUUCUGGAAAUUACUGUUCGGAGCACUGGGAUUAAUGACAGCACAGGGCAGUCCCUCACUGCACUCUCCUGUGCUUGCCUCUUUAGCCUGGUGGCUUCCUGGGGAGAAACAGGAAGGACACUUCAGGCCAUCUCUGCUAUCUUAACCAACAAUGGUAGUCACGCUUGCCAAACUAUUCAGGUGCCAACAAUACUAAAUUCACUACAGAGAAGUGUACAAGCAGUGUUGGUUGGAAAGAUUCAAGUCCAGGACUGGUUUAGCAAUGGCAUUAAGAAAGCAGCUUUAAUGCACAAGUGGCCAUUAAAAGAAGUAUCUGUUGAUGAAGAUGACCAGUGUCUGCUUCAGAAUGAUGGAUUUUUUCUUUAUUUGUUAUGCAAGGAUGGAUUAUACAAAAUAGGCUCUGGAUACAGUGGAACAGUUAGGGGCCAUAUAUAUAAUUCUACAUCUCGUAUCAGAAACAGAAAAGAAAAAAAGUCUUGGUUAGGGUAUGCCCAGGGUUAUUUAUUAUAUCGAGAUGUGAAUAACCACAGUAUGACUGCCAUAAGAAUAAGCCCUGAAACACUGGAACAAGAUGGUACUGUAAUGUUACCAGAUUGCCACACUGAAGGUCAAAAUAUUUUAUUUACUGAUGGAGAGUAUAUUAACCAGAUAGCUGCUUCAAGAGAUGAUGGCUUUGUUGUCAGGAUAUUUGCCACAAGCACUGAACCUGUACUGCAACAAGAACUACAGCUUAAACUGGCCAGGAAAUGCUUACAUGCCUGUGGCAUAUCACUAUUUGAUCUGGAAAAGGAUUUGCAUAUAAUAAGCACAGGUUUUGAUGAAGAGUCAGCCAUACUUGGUGCAGGACGAGAGUUUGCGCUAAUGAAAACAGCAAAUGGAAAGGUAUAUUACACUGGCAAGUACCAGAGUCUUGGAAUCAAACAAGGUGGUCCUUCAGCAGGAAAAUGGGUUGAGUUACCAAUCACCAAGUCUCCUAAGAUAGUGCACUUCUCCGUGGGGCACGACGGCUCGCAUGCCCUUUUAGUUGCCGAGGAUGGGAGUGUGUUCUUCACGGGCUCUGCAAGCAAAGGAGAGGAUGGAGAGUCAACUAAGAGCAGACGGCAGUCAAAGCCCUAUAAACCGAAAAAGAUUAUUAAAAUGGAAGGGAAGAUUGUGGUGUACACAGCCUGCAAUAACGGAAGUAGUUCUGUUAUUUCUAAAGAUGGAGAACUAUACAUGUUUGGAAAAGAUGCUAUUUAUUCUGAUAGUUCAAGUUUGGUAUCUGAUUUGAAAGGCCAUUUUGUAACUCAGGUAGCAAUGGGCAAAGCUCACACAUGUGUUUUAAUGAAGAAUGGAGAGGUUUGGACAUUUGGUGUAAAUAACAAAGGACAAUGUGGUCGAGACACUGGUGCUAUGAACCAAGGAGGGAAAGGGUUUGGAGUUGAAAAUAUGGCAACAGCAAUGGAUGAAGAUCUGGAGGAAGAACUAGAUGAAAAAGAUGAGAAGUCCAUGAUGUGCCCUCCAGGCAUGCACAAGUGGAAGCUGGAGCAGUGUAUGGUGUGCACCGUGUGUGGAGACUGCACGGGCUAUGGUGCCAGCUGUGUCAGCAGUGGGCGUCCUGAUAGAGUUCCUGGAGGGAUCUGUGGUUGUGGUUCAGGAGAAUCUGGCUGUGCCGUAUGUGGAUGCUGCAAGGCAUGUGCAAGAGAGUUGGAUGGUCAAGAGGCAAGACAAAGAGGGAUUCUUGAUGCAGUGAAAGAAAUGAUACCUUUAGACCUCCUUUUAGCUGUCCCUGUCCCUGGGGUUAAUAUUGAAGAACAUCUUCAGUUAAGACAAGAAGAAAAACGGCAACGUGUCAUUAGAAGACACAGAUUAGAAGAUGGAAGAGGCCCCCUUGUAUUUGCUGGUCCUAUUUUUAUGAACCACCGAGAACAGGCUCUAGCCAGACUCAGAUCCCGUCCAGCUCAGCCAAAGCAUAAGCGGGACAAGCACAAAGAUGGAAGUGGAGAUAGAGGGGAGAAGGAUGCAAGCAAAAUCACCACCUACCCUCCAGGCUCUGUGAGAUUUGACUGUGAGCUCCGAGCAGUACAAGUCAGCUGUGGAUUUCAUCACUCAGUGGUUCUCAUGGAAAAUGGAGACGUUUAUACCUUUGGAUAUGGACAGCAUGGCCAGCUGGGACAUGGGGAUGUCAAUUCCAGGGGAUGCCCCACUCUUGUUCAAGCCUUACCAGGCCCUAGCACACAAGUCACUGCCGGCAGCAACCACACGGCAGUCCUUUUAAUGGAUGGACAGGUCUUCACAUUUGGAAGUUUUUCUAAAGGACAACUGGGACGACCCAUUUUGGAUAUACCAUAUUGGAAUGCAAAGCCAGCUCCCAUGCCUAACAUUGGAUCAAAAUAUGGGCGGAAGGCCACUUGGAUUGGUGCAAGUGGGGACCAGACUUUCUUACGAAUUGAUGAAGCACUUAUAAAUUCUCAUGUACUUGCAACAUCAGAAAUUUUUGCUAGCAAACACAUAAUAGGCUUGGUUCCUGCUUCUAUAUCAGAACCUCCGCCAUUUAAAUGUCUUCUGAUAAAUAAAGUAGAUGGAAGUUGUAAAACUUUCAAUGACUCUGAACAAGAAGAUCUGCAAGGAUUUGGUGUGUGUCUUGAUCCUGUGUAUGAUGUGCUUUGGAGGUUUCGACCAAGCACCAGAGAGCUCUGGUGCUACAAUGCAGUGGUUGCUGAUGCCAGACUUCCCCCUGCACCAGACAUGCAGUCCAGUUGUAGUAUUCUAAGUCCUGAACUUGCUCUGCCGACAGGAUCGAGGGCUCUGACCACCCGAUCUCAUGCAGCCUUGCAUAUCCUGGGUUGUCUUGACACUUUGGCCGCUAUGCAGGAUUUAAAGAUGGGCAUUGCAAGUACAGAGGAGGAGACCCAAGCAGUGCUGAGAGUGUACUCCAAGGAAGACUACAGUGUAGUCAACAGGUUUGAAAGUCAUGGAGGUGGCUGGGGUUACUCGGCUCAUUCAGUAGAAGCCAUACGUUUUAGUGCUGACACUGACAUUUUACUUGGUGGCCUUGGCCUGUUUGGAGGAAGAGGAGAAUAUACUGCUAAAAUUAAGCUAUUUGAGUUGGGUCCUGAUGGAGGAGAUCAUGAAACAGAUGGAGACCUUCUUGCAGAGACUGAUGUGCUGGCUUAUGACUGUGCUGCUAGAGAAAAAUAUGCAAUGAUGUUUGAUGAGCCAGUUCUCCUGCAAGCUGGAUGGUGGUACGUAGCAUGGGCUCGAGUAUCAGGGCCCAGCAGUGACUGUGGCUCUCACGGACAAGCGUCUAUUACCACAGAUGAUGGGGUGAUUUUUCAGUUCAAGAGUUCAAAGAAGUCAAAUAAUGGUACCGAUGUAAAUGCUGGUCAGAUACCUCAGCUGUUAUACAGACUCCCGACCAGCGAUGGCAGCACUUCAAAAGGCAAACAGCAAACUAGUGAGCCUGUCCACAUUUUAAAGAGAUCUUUUGCAAGAACUGUCUCUGUGGAGUGCUUUGAGUCGCUGCUGAGCAUCCUCCACUGGAGCUGGACGACCUUAGUCUUAGGAGUUGAGGAGCUUAGGGGGCUGAAAGGGUUCCAGUUCACUGCUACACUCCUCGAUUUAGAGCGACUGCGUUUCGUGGGGACCUGUUGUCUGCGCUUAUUGCGCGUCUACACCUGUGAAAUAUACCCAGUAUCAGCUACAGGAAAAGCAGUUGUAGAAGAAACUAGCAAAUUAGCUGAGUGUAUUGGAAAAACAAGAACUUUGUUAAGAAAAAUCUUAUCAGAAGGAGUUGACCAUUGCAUGGUAAAGUUGGAUAAUGACCCUCAGGGAUACCUCAGCCAGCCCUUGAGUCUACUAGAAGCCGUCCUUCAGGAGUGCCACAACACCUUCACUGCUUGCUUUCACUCAUUCUACCCAACACCAGCACUACAGUGGGCUUGCCUGUGCGAUCUACUCAAUUGUCUGGAUCAGGAUAUCCAGGAAGCAAACUUUAAGACAUCAAGUAGCAGGCUCCUCGCAGCUGUUAUGUCAGCUCUGUGUCACACGUCUGUGAAGCUGACUUCUCUCUUCCCCAUUGCAUACGAUGGAGAAGUACUGCUGCGAUCAGUUGUUAAGCAGGUCAGCACGGAGAACGACUCAACGCUAGUUCAUCGUUUUCCACUUCUAGUGGGACACAUGGAAAAGCUCAGCCAGAGUGAAGAGAACAUCUCGGGGAUGACGAGCUUCAGGGAGGUGCUGGAGAAGAUGCUGGUCAUAGUGGUGCUCCCGGUGAGAAACAGCCUUCGCAGGGAGAGUGAGCUCUUCUCCUCACACCUGGUCUCCAACACCUGCGGACUGCUGGCCAGUAUUGUCAGUGAGCUGACUGCAUCAGCCCUCGGGUCUGAGGCUGAUGGACUUAAUUCUCUUCACUCUGUCAAAGCCAGUGCUAACCGAUUCACAAAAACAAGUCAGGGAAGAAGUUGGAACACUGGAAAUGGGUCCCCGGAUGCAAUCUGUUUUGCAGUAGACAAACCUGGAAUUGUUGUUGUUGGUUUUGCUGUCUAUGGAGGAGGUGGUAUCCAUGAGUAUGAAUUGGAGGUGUUGGUUGAUGAUAGUGAACAUGCAGGAGAUUCAACUCAUUCUCAUAGAUGGACGUCUCUAGAAUUAGUUAAAGGAACUUAUUCAACAGAUGACUCACCCAGUGACAUAGCUGAAAUCAGACUUGACAAAGUUGUUCCUUUAAAGGAGAAUGUUAAGUAUGCUGUGCGCUUGAGGAACUACGGCAGUCGUACAGCCAAUGGGGAUGGAGGAAUGACCACUGUGCAGUGCCCUGAUGGAGUGACCUUCACCUUCAGCACAUGCAGCUUGAGCAGUAAUGGCACAAACCAAACCAGAGGGCAAAUCCCCCAGAUACUAUACUAUAGGAGUGAAUUUGAUGGAGAUUUGCAAUCCCAGCUGCUAAGUAAGGCCAAUGAAGAAGAUAAGAACUGUAGCAGGGCACUGUCUGUGGUAAGCACUGUUGUCCGAGCUGCUAAGGACCUGCUGCACCGAGCUCUGGCCGUGGAUGCUGAUGACAUUCCAGAACUGCUUAGCUCUUCCAGUCUGUUUUCCAUGCUGCUUCCCCUUAUUAUAGCCUACAUAGGACCAGUAGCCGCUGCUAUUCCCAAGGUUGCUGUAGAAGUUUUUGGCCUUGUCCAGCAACUGCUUCCCUCAGUUGCCAUUUUGAAUCAGAAGUAUGCACCCCCUGCAUUCAAUCCCAAUCAGUCAACUGAUAGCACAACAGGAAACCAGCCCGAGCAAGGCCUCUCUGCGUGCACCACUUCCAGUCACUAUGCUGUCAUUGAGAGUGAGCACCCAUACAAGCCUGCCUGUGUCAUGCACUACAAGGUGACAUUCCCAGAGUGUGUUAGGUGGAUGACAAUCGAAUUUGACCCUCAGUGUGGUACUGCACAGUCAGAAGACGUCAUCCGUUUGCUUAUUCCUGUCAGAACCAUUCAGAACUCAGGAUAUGGAGCAAAGCUAACUUCUGUUCAUGAAAACCUUAAUUCAUGGAUAGAAUUAAAGAAAUAUUCAGGAUCCUCUGGAUGGCCUACUAUGGUUUUAGUGUUGCCAGGAAAUGAAGCCCUUUUCUCACUGGAAACUGCUUCAGAUUAUGUGAAAGACGACAAAGCUUCCUUCUAUGGGUUCAAGUGUUUUGCAAUUGGUUAUGAAUUUAGCCCUGGACCUGAUGAGGGAGUUAUUCAGCUGGAAAAAGAAUUGGCCAAUCUUGGUGGAGUUUGUGCCGCAGCUCUGAUGAAGAAGGAUCUAGCACUGCCUAUUGGUAAUGAGCUGGAGGAAGACCUUGAAAUUCUUGAGGAGGCCGCAUUGCAGGUGUGCAAAACUCACUCCGGUAUUCUUGGAAAGGGUCUUGCCCUUUCUCAUUCACCAACUAUUUUAGAGGCACUUGAAGGAAACUUGCCACUUCAAAUCCAAAGCAAUGAGCAGUCCUUUCUGGAUGAUUUCAUUGCUUGUGUCCCAGGAUCAAGUGGUGGAAGGCUUGCAAGAUGGCUUCAGCCAGACUCCUAUGCUGAUCCUCAGAGAACCUCCCUGGUCCUGAAUAAGGAUGACAUUCGCUGUGGCUGGCCCACCACCAUAACUGUUCAAACAAAAGACCAAUAUGGUGAUGUGGUUCAUGUUCCCAACAUGAAGGUGGAAGUGAAAGCUGUACCUGUUUCUCAGAAAAAAACAUCCUUGCAGCAAGAACAAGGGAAGAAGUCUCAAAGGGUUCCUGGCAGCCCUUCAGCGGCGGCGGCAGCGGCUUCUACCACCGACAUGACUUUUGGUGGGUUGGCAUCACCAAAGCUGGAUGUUUCAUAUGAACCAAUGAUAGUCAAGGAGGCACGAUAUAUUGCCAUAACAAUGAUGAAGGUAUAUGAAAACUACUCAUUUGAAGAACUGCGUUUUGCAUCACCAACUCCUAAACGGCCCAGUGAAAAUAUGCUUAUUCGUGUCAAUAAUGAUGGGACCUACUGUGCAAACUGGACUCCAGGAGCUAUUGGGCUCUACACUAUUCAUGUGACCAUUGAUGGCAUUGAAAUAGAUGCUGGCCUUGAAGUAAAAGUAAAAGAUCCACCAAAAGGGAUGAUCCCACCAGGAACUCAGUUAGUCAAGCCAAAGGUUGACCCUCAGCCAAAUAAGAUUCGAAAAUUUGUAGCCAAGGACAGUGCUGGUCUCCGCAUACGGAGCCACCCUUCCCUUCAGAGUGAGCAGAUUGGAAUAGUGAAAGUCAAUGGAACUAUCACUUUUAUUGAUGAGAUCCACAAUGAUGAUGGCGUGUGGUUGAGACUGAAUGAGGAGACAAUAAAGAAGUAUGUUCCUAACAUGAAUGGUUACACUGAAGCCUGGUGCCUCUCUUUUAACCAGCAUCUUGGCAAGAGCCUUCUGGUCCCUGUUGACAAUAUCUUUAAUGCUAGCCAAGGAGUCAGGGAUUUGGACGUAUUUUCAUGGACUUCCAAAGCUUUUUUCCCCCAGGAACCUAAAACUAAUGCUGAUGACUUUUUCAAAGACAUGAGCUCCUGCUGCCCACAGGAAGCAACAAUGCAAGAGCGAGACCACCCGUUCUUGAGAGGCGGGCCAGGCAUGUACAAGGUAGUGAAGACGGGGCCUUCAGGUCACAACAUCAGAAGCUGCCCUAACCUUAGAGGUAUCCCAAUUGGAAUGUUAGUUCUGGGAAACAAAGUCAAAGCAGUGGGAGAGGUAACCAAUUCUGAAGGUACAUGGGUGCAGCUGGAUAAGAACAGCAUGGUAGAAUUCUGUGAGAGUGAUGAAGGAGAGGCAUGGUCCUUAGCUAGAGACAGAGGCGGAAACCAGUACCUACGGCAUGAAGAUGAACAAGUUCUUCUGGAUCAGAAUUCUCAGCCUCCUCCUCCAAGCCCUUUCUCAGUGCAAGCUUUCAAUAAAGGGGCAAGCUGCAGUGCCCAAGGAUUUGAUUAUGGCCUUGGAAAUAACAAAGUUUUGACUGUUUUGCCUACUGCAGGUGAUCAACUGAGUGCCAUAUUGAAUUCUAUUCAAUCACGGCCCAAUCUCCCAGCUCCUUCCAUCUUUGAUCAAGCUGCAAAACCUCCCUCUUCCCUAGUCCACAGCCCAUUUGUGUUCGGACAGCCCCUUUCCUUCCAGCAGCGUCAGCUUCAGAACUCUCCAUCUCGCAACCUUGCUUCUCGUGAGCGCAUUUACAAACAUUUGGGUGUAGCUGGGCCUGCUUCUGCUCUCUCAUCUCUGUCUCACAAACUGCAGGGUGACAGAGGAACUAUCUCAACAUCUUCAAGACCAGUCUGUACGUCAGGAAAGUCAGAGCUGCCCUCGAAGCCCAGCAGACCAGUCAAACCCGAUGGGCGUGUGAGCCGGACUACUGCUGACCAGAAGAAGCCCCGGGGGACAGAAGGCUUGUCUGCUAGCGAAUCCCUCAUGUUAAAGUCUGAUGCUGCCAAGCUGAGGUCAGACUCCCAUAGCAGGUCCCUGUCCCCUAACCACAACACUCUGCAGACACUCAAGUCUGAUGGGAGGGUGUCUUCUGGCUUCAGGGCCGAAUCCCCAGGACCAGGCUCUAGGUCAUCCUCCCCUAAGCCCAAGAGUCUGCCGACUCCCAGGUCUAGCCCAUCUGGUGCUAGCUCUCCACGCUCCUCCUCACCACAGGAUAAAAAUCUACCUCAGAAAAGCCCAGCUCCUGCUAAGACAAAACUUGACCCCCCUCGGGAGCGCUCUAAGUCAGACUCGUACACACUUGACCCAGACGCCCUCCGCAAGAAGAGAAUGCCCCUCGCAGAACCACUAAGGGGGCGGUCCACAUCACCAAAGCCAAAACCAGUACCAAAGGAUCCUAAAGACUCCCCAGGGUCUGAGAACAGAGCCCCCUCUCCCCAUGUGGUACAGGAGAACCUCCACAGUGAGGUACUUGAAGUCUGCACUUCAAGUACUUUAAAAACCAACAGUGUCACGGACAGCACCUGUGAUGACAGCACUGAACUGAAGAGUGUGGAUGAAGGUUCAAAUAAAGUGCACUUCAGCAUAGGAAAAGCACCACUGAAAGAUGAACAGGAAAUGAGAGCAUCACCCAAAAUAAGUCGGAAAUGUGCUAAUAGACACACCAGGCCCAAAAAAGAAAAGUCUAACUUUCUUUUCAAAGGAGAUGGAGUCAAAUCUUUAGAGCCAGCCAAGCAGGCCAUGUCCCCAUCUGUGGCUGAGUGUGCCAGAGCCGUCUUUGCCUCUUUUCUGUGGCAUGAAGGCAUAGUACAUGAUGCAAUGGCUUGCUCUUCCUUCCUGAAAUUUAAUCCUGAACUUUCCAAAGAACAUGCUCCUAUAAGAAAUAGUUUGAAUAGCCAACCACCCACAGAGGAAAAAGAAAUCAAGUUAAAAAAUAGACAUUCAUUGGAAAUAUCAUCUGCUCUAAAUAUGUUUAAUAUUGCACCUCAUGGACCGGAUAUAUCCAAGAUGGGCAGCAUCAACAAAAAUAAGGUCUUGUCCAUGCUGAAGGAGCCACCUCUCCAUGAGAAGUGUGAGGACGGAAAAUCAGAAGCCACUUUUGAAAUGUCCAUGCAUCACACAAUGAAGUCUAAAUCUCCGCUUCCCUUAACAUUACAACAUUUAGUGGCUUUCUGGGAAGAUAUCUCUUUGGCUACAAUCAAAGCUGCUUCCCAGAAUAUGAUUUUUCCAAGUCCUGGUUCCUGUGCAGUCCUUAAAAAGAAAGAAUGUGAUAAAGAGAAUAAAAAAACAAAAAAGGAAAAAAAGAAAAAAGAAAAGACAGAAAUUCGGCCAAGGGGCAAUUUGUUUGGUGAAAUGGCCCAGCUGGCAGUAGGAGGGCCAGAGAAAGAUACUAUCUGUGAGCUGUGUGGAGAAUCUCAUCCAUACCCAGUGACAUAUCACAUGAGACAAGCUCACCCAGGUUGUGGCCGAUAUGCUGGUGGACAAGGAUACAAUAGCAUUGGGCAUUUUUGUGGAGGAUGGGCUGGUAACUGUGGUGAUGGGGGAAUGGGAGGAAGCACUUGGUACCUCGUAUGUGAUCGCUGUAGAGAAAAAUACCUCCGUGAAAAACAGGCUGCUGCAAGGGAAAAGGUCAAACAAUCUAGAAGAAAGCCAAUGCAAGUAAAGACGCCUCGUGCCUUGCCCACCAUGGAAGCACACCAGGUGAUCAAAGCCAAUGCCCUUUUCCUGCUGUCCCUGAGCAGUGCGGCAGAGCCAAGCAUCUUGUGUUACCACCCUGCAAAGCCUUUCCAGUCUCAGCUGCCCAUCGUGAAGGAAGGCGUUUCUGAGGACCUUCCUGUAAAAAUGCCUUGUCUCUACCUGCAGACAUUAGCUAGGCACCACCAUGAAAAUUUUGUGGGCUAUCAAGAUGACAACCUGUUCCAGGACGAAAUGAGAUAUCUGCGUUCGACAUCUGUCCCUGCCCCAUACAUAUCAGUAACUCCUGAUGCCAGUCCCAAUGUAUUUGAAGAGCCAGAGAGCAACAUGAAGUCUAUGCCACCAAGUUUGGAAACUAGCCCCAUAACCGACACUGACCUGGCUAAGAGAACUGUCUUCCAACGGUCAUACUCAGUUGUUGCUUCUGAAUAUGAUAAACAACAUUCCAUUUUACCUGCACGAGUUAAAGCCAUCCCUAGAAGAAGAGUGAACAGUGGAGACACUGAAGUUGGGUCUUCCCUCUUGAGACAUCCAUCACCCGAGCUUUCCCGGCUCAUAUCAGCACACAGCUCUCUUUCCAAAGGAGAACGAAAUUUCCAGUGGCCAGUUUUAGCUUUUGUUAUACAACAUCAUGAUUUAGAAGGGCUUGAAAUAGCAAUGAAGCAGGCCUUAAGGAAGUCAGCUUGCCGUGUGUUUGCUAUGGAGGCAUUCAACUGGCUUCUCUGCAAUGUCAUCCAAACAACAUCUCUGCACGACAUUCUCUGGCACUUUGUGGCAGCACUGACUCCUUCUCCCGUAGAAGCGGAGGAAGAUGAAGAUGAAGAUAAUAAAUCCAAUAAAGAAAAUGCAGAGCAAGAGAAGGAUACAAGAGUGUGUGAGCAUCCGCUCUCAGACAUAGUGAUUGCAGGGGAAGCUGCUCACCCUUUGCCACAUACAUUUCACCGGUUACUUCAGACCAUAUCGGAUCUUAUGAUGUCCCUCCCUAGUGGCAGUUCAUUGCAACAAAUGGCCUUAAGAUGCUGGAGCCUCAAGUUCAAGCAGUCCGACCACCAGUUCCUCCAUCAGAGCAAUGUCUUCCAUCAUAUCAACAACAUCUUGUCAAAGUCAGAUGACGGGGACAGUGAGGAGAGCUUCAGCAUCAGCGUCCAGUCUGGCUUUGAAGCUCUGAGCCAGGAGUUAUGCAUAGUUAUGUGCUUAAAGGAUUUGACCAACAUCGUUGACAUAAAAACAUCAAGUCGACCUGCCAUGAUUGGCAGUUUGACAGAUGGCUCCACAGAAACCUUUUGGGAAUCAGGAGAUGAAGAUAAAAACAAAACUAAAAACAUCACUAUCAACUGUGUGAAGGGUAUUAAUGCCCGCUAUGUGUCUGUUCAUGUGGACAAUUCCCGGGAUCUGGGGAAUAAAGUUACGUCAAUGACCUUCUUAACUGGUAAAGCAGUAGAAGAUUUAUGCAGAAUAAAGCAGGUUGAUUUGGAUUCCAGGCACAUUGGCUGGGUAACAAGUGAACUCCCAGGAGGGGAUAAUCAGAUCAUCAAAAUUGAGUUAAAAGGCCCAGAAAAUACAUUAAGAGUUCGACAAGUAAAAGUCCUGGGUUGGAAAGAUGGUGAAAGCACAAAGAUCGCUGGCCAGAUCUCGGCCAGUGUGGCUCAGCAAAGGAGCUGUGAGGCCGAGACUCUCCGCGUGUUCAGACUCAUCACCUCCCAGGUGUUUGGGAAGCUCAUCUCCGGAGAUGCUGAGCCCACACCAGAGCAAGAGGAAAAGGCGCUCCUGUCAUCACCUGAAGGAGAGGAAAAAGUAUACAAUGCAACAUCUGAUGCUGAUCUGAAGGAACACAUGGUUGGAAUCAUAUUCAGCAGGAGUAAACUGACUAACUUACAAAAGCAGGUAUGUGCACACAUUGUCCAAGCUAUUCGCAUGGAAGCCACAAGAGUUCGUGAAGAGUGGGAACAUGCCAUAUCCAGUAAGGAAAAUGCCAACUCUCAGCCGAGCGAUGAAGAUGCCUCUUGUGAUGCCUACUGCUUCGAGCUGCUCUCCAUGGUCCUAGCACUGAGCGGCUCCAAUGUGGGCAGACAGUACCUGGCUCAGCAGCUGACUCUACUGCAAGAUCUGUUUUCCUUGCUCCACACAGCCUCCCCGAGGGUCCAGAGACAGGUGACCUCCUUACUAAGACGCGUUUUGCCUGAAGUGACUCCUAAUCGUCUGGCCAGUAUAAUAGGUGUGAAGUCUCUGCCCCCAGCUGACAUCAGUGACAUCAUUCACUCAACUGAGAAAGGAGACUGGAAUAAGCUGGGUAUCUUGGACAUGUUUCUGGGAUGCAUUGCCAAGGCACUCACUGUCCAGCUCAAAGCCAAAGGGACCACCAUCACUGGGACAGCUGGCACCACUGUGGGCAAAGGAGUUACAACAGUCACCCUGCCAAUGAUUUUCAACUCCAGUUACCUCCGACGUGGUGAGAGUCACUGGUGGAUGAAAGGCUCAACUCCUCCUCAGAUAUCAGAGAUCAUCAUCAAGCUUAUUAAGGAUAUGGCUGCGGGUCACCUGUCAGAAGCUUGGUCCCGAGUGACAAAAAAUGCUAUUGCAGAAACCAUCAUUGCCUUGACCAAGAUGGAAGAAGAAUUUAGGUCUCCAGUGAGAUGUAUUGCAACAACUAGACUCUGGCUUGCCCUGGCGUCACUGUGUGUUCUUGAUCAGGACCAUGUGGAUCGCCUCUCAUCAGGGAGGUGGAUGGGAAAGGACGGGCAACAGAAACAAAUGCCUAUGUGUGACAACCAUGAUGAUGGUGAGACUGCUGCUAUCAUCUUAUGCAACAUCUGUGGCAAUCUGUGUACUGACUGUGACAGAUUCCUGCAUCUGCAUCGACGAACAAAGACUCACCAAAGACAGGUCUUCAAGGAGGAAGAAGAAGCUAUAAAGGUUGACCUUCACGAAGGCUGUGGGAGAACAAAACUGUUUUGGUUGAUGGCGUUAGCAGAUUCCAAAACAAUGAAGGCAAUGGUAGAAUUCCGAGAACACACAGGCAAACCCACCACAAGUAGCUCAGAAGCAUGCCGCUUCUGUGGGUGCAGAAGUGGAACGGAGUUAUCUGCUGUUGGCAGCGUUUGCGCUGAUGCAGACUGCCAGGAAUAUGCUAAGAUCGCCUGUAGUAAAACACAUCCGUGUGGCCAUCCGUGUGGAGGUGUCAGGAAUGAGGAGCACUGUCUGCCCUGUCUACACGGCUGUGAUAAGAGUGCUACCACAUUGAAACAAGAUGCCGACGACAUGUGCAUGAUCUGCUUCACCGAAGCGCUCUCUGCAGCGCCAGCCAUUCAGUUGGACUGCAGUCAUGUAUUCCACUUACAGUGCUGUCGGCGAGUUUUGGAAAACAGAUGGCUUGGUCCAAGGAUAACGUUUGGAUUUAUUUCAUGUCCUAUUUGCAAGAACAAAAUAAAUCAUAUAGUAUUAAAAGACCUGCUUGAUCCAAUAAAAGAGCUCUAUGAAGAUGUUAGAAGAAAAGCCUUGAUGAGAUUGGAAUAUGAAGGUCUGCAUAAGAGUGAAGCAAUCACAACUCCUGGUGUCAGGUUUUAUAAUGAUCCAGCUGGCUAUGCCAUGAAUAGAUACGCAUAUUAUGUUUGCUACAAAUGCAGAAAGGCAUACUUCGGUGGGGAGGCUCGCUGUGACGCUGAAGCUGGGCAAGGAGAUGACUACGACCCCAGAGAGCUCAUCUGUGGCGCCUGUUCCGAUGUGUCUAGGGCUCAGAUGUGUCCCAAACAUGGGACAGACUUUCUAGAAUACAAAUGUCGCUACUGCUGUUCAGUGGCUGUCUUCUUCUGUUUUGGAACAACACAUUUCUGUAAUGCUUGUCAUGAUGAUUUUCAAAGAAUGACCAGCAUUCCUAAGGAAGAACUCCCACACUGUCCUGCAGGUCCCAAAGGCAAACAGCUAGAAGGAACUGAAUGUCCACUCCACGUUGUUCAUCCGCCCACAGGGGAAGAGUUUGCGCUUGGGUGUGGCGUGUGCAGAAAUGCUCACACGUUUUAGAACUUUCAGCUCCUUUGUCUACUGAGAGAAUAGUUGCCUUCAUCCACUGGGAGGAUGCAGUGAAGUUUAAACUCUGCUCAGGAUAAGAACGGGACCAUUUUACAUUCUGAAAAGGAACCAUUUACAGCGCAGGAAUGAUGCCAAAUACCAUGUACAUAAAAUUCUUGCUACGAACGUUUCCCCAUUAUUUUGGUUUAUCUUCUUUGAACCAAGACAUCAAAGUUGUGAGGUGUUUGCAUGUGGCCAUUCCUGUCACUGGCCUGUGAAGCAUUGGACAUUUAUAGAUAAUCGAUAUAAAAGGAUCUCCAUUCUCAUGGACUAAGAAUGAUGCUGGCUUUCAAGCAAAAAAAAAAAAAAAAGAAAGAAAAAUAAUCACUGUUUAUUGUAUACUGCCUUUUUGUAAUCCUGUACAAUUGCAUCACAGGUGGGUAUAAAAAGAGGAAUAUUCUGGUUUCUUUCCUAGACUGUUAUUUAAAAAAAAAUUGUGUUAGUAAGGCCUAUAAAUGUAAUAAGUAUCAGACUGUAUAUAAAGCUAUCAAUGUUUGUCCUGUAUAAGAAUUACUAAAUUACAAAAGCAGUUUCAUUUAAACUUCUAGGUUAAGUUUGAGCCUGAAAUUUUAAUGAAGUGCAAUACUGAGUGUGCCUCAUUAUCUUGCAGCUGUAAACAUUGGAAUGUACAUGUCAAUAAAGCCACUGUACAUUUUUAUACAGUGAUAAAGUCUAA